GCCGGUGUUCACGUCAGUCGUGUUUUCGCUACAAGUUGUUGGUGAUGUGAAAGUGUUACGAUAAAAAUUAUUUCUGUUAUUAUUUUUAUGUGAACUUGGACAGUAAAAACUCUAAAUAUCAGUAAACUUUCUGUGAACAAUAGCAAAUGCCAGUCAAAAUGUGUUGUGAUGAAACUGUGUAAAAUAUAAUAAUUUCACUCGAAACGUUUCGAAUUCUGGGAAAUUUUGAUUUAGUAAUCUUGGGAUCGGAUGACCGAACCACGAUGUGGGUGCUACUGGCGUUAGGGGUGCUGGCAAACGCCUCCCGCGUCCUGUCCUCGGGCUACUGCUCCCAGAAUACCUUCCCCACCAAUACAUCAUGGAUGCACUUCACCAAGGAGCCGGUGCCCUUCGAGUACGGCUUUCAAGACAAAUUCAAGAGCAUACACUGCUGCGUCAAAGGAUACAGGAGCAUCGAAUGGUUCAAGGACGGCGUGGCGUAUCCAUGGUCGGCGGGCGUGUCCAACCUGAUCCUGUACCCGGAGGCGGCGAACCAGACGCUGUACACGCGCCGGGCGACCCGCGCCGACUCUGGCAACUACACCUGCCGGCUGUCCAACGAGACGCACAGUGAAACGCAUACCGUGGGAUUGGAGAUUCUAGAAAAAGCUACGGACGCUCCGAAAACAAUGUUCAUUUCAAAGGACCAGUGGGUGGAGGAGGGAAGCGCGGUGCGGUUGUUCUGUGAAGCCCUCAUAGCGAGUUCAUACCUUGCUGACGCUCGGAGCGAUUUGAGGUGGUGGAAAGUCUUCCCCAAUGGGACUGACGGUGAACUGUUGCCCUCACAGAAUGAAAUUAGAACGAAACGUGACGACGUGGAGGACAUAAUCGGUUCGUACCUGAGCAUCGAGCGCGUGUCGGCGGCGGACUACGGCACGUACGCGUGCGUCGUCCACAGCAACGACGUCGUGUCGCGCAGCUACGUCACCGUGCAUUAUAAACACGGCGGCGUGGGCGGGUGGGAGGAGUCGGGGGAGGUGCCGUGGCGGGCGCUGGCGGCGUGCGGCGCGAGCGUCGUGCUGGCGGGCGUGCUGCUCGCGGCCGCGCACCGCCGCUACACGCCGCGGCUGCUGCUCGCGGCACGACACGCGCGCGCACGGGCCGCGGGCGCCGCGCAGCGGGCACGAGUGUUGGAGAAGGAGUUCGACGUGUUGGUGUGCUCGACUGCAGUGGACGCGGAGCUGGUGCGCGGCGCGCUGCUGCCGACGCUCGCGCUCAAGUACAAGUACCGCGUGCUCGCGCGCACGCUCUCCAACAACCCCGACAACUGGUACAAGGAGAUAGUGUGCGAGGUGGGGCGGUGCCGGUCGGUGGUGGGCGUGGUCUCGCCGGCGCAGCACACGCCCGCGCAGCUGCUGACGGCGCUGCGACAGCUGCGCGCGCUGCCGCUGCCGCCCGUUGUCGUGCUGCUGCAGGACCUACCCAAGCUGAAGCGCGAGGCGAAGGAGUCGGGCGAGAGCCUGGUGAGCGUGCUGCGGCGCACGCGGCUGGUGGCGUGGCGGCACGUGCACGAGCGCGCCUUCUGGACCGCGCUGCGCCUCGCGCUGCCGUUGCCGCCGCCCCCCCAGCCCGCCAGGGAGGAAAAAACUGAAGUCGAAGAAACCAGGAACCCGAAUUCGGGAAGUAUGACGGCCCUUGUUUGAGGAAACUGAGCUAGGAACACUCAAAGUGCUAGUAUAGUGACAGUGCGUUCGUGAACGUUCAGGACUAUCGCCAAUAUACGAAGACUGUGAAUAUAGUAUUUAAAUUUGUUGUAUCACAUAACUAGGUGUAAGUCAACUGGAAAUUGGUGUUACGGCAAACGAGUGGUCCAUUUUUGACUGCUACUGCUAUGCCAAAAUAUCUUAAAUAUGGAAAUUUUCCUUUCUAAAAUGAUCAAAUUUGGAUCAUUUGUUGUUGUAAUAAAAUCAAGAUAUAUGCGCACAUCUCAGUAUUAACGUAAGGCAAUUUUUGUGUGUCUACGCUUGGAUCUUGUACUGUUACGAAUUUGUAUUCAGACAUAACAUCUAGCAAAUAAUUUUCCUAAAAUCUAUUUUAUUUUCCACAUUGAGUGACAAAACAAGGUAAGUGUUUCCAUCUUAACACUCACAAUAAUUCUCUUAUCAACGCUUUUUAUACUCAUGAAUGUGCUUCAUGUUUUAUUUUACAUUCAAGCAUAGACACACUUACAUUGCACAAAUCUUAAUUAUAUUAUACAUUAUGGCUUGACUGUAACCAGUAUAAAAUUAAUUGUAGGCUUACAUUAGUGUAAAAUAUAAGUCGCUUCCAGAGUAUAUACAUGUUGACUAACUAGUGCCUAAAUCCCCCAUAUUAUUAAAAAUAUUUACUAAGAGGCUUACGUUAAGCCAUGUAGCUAUCUUUGUCUAUCAGAUGACUUUUCUAACGUAUCAGACUGAGAGAGCAACAUGGAUUAGUAAACGCGGAGUUAAAGUUUUUAUUAGUAAAGGGGUAUUGUAUUAACAAUAUACUUACCAUUUUUCUAAGAUCUCAGCUAAAUUCUGAGUGUUGUAUAGAAAUUUCUCCUUUUUGGUUGUGUAUCCCAAGUGAUAUCAUGAAAAUAGUGAAUUAAAAAUAGUAUUGAUCUAUUAUGGCAGCUAAUAUAAUUCCUGCUCACUAUCAUAUCUUGUUUAAUUACUUGUUAUGUUUAACUUUAAAGUUAUUCUUUAUUUUCAUUUCGUAGUGACUAGUAGUAAAGAUGUGAAAUAUUUUCGUAAAUGUUAGUAAUAUACUCAAAGAGUUAUUUGUUAGAAACGUAUUGUAAGUAAUUGUAUUUUUUAGUUUUAAUUAUAUUCUAACAGCGAGCGUGUAAAUGUCUGCCUACUCGAAUGUUUUGUGAGCGACCACAUUCUAUGUUUUAAUUUUCUAUUUUCAUGUUUCCCUCUAUUGUGCCAAAAGGCACCGUAAACAUGACAAUCUAUUUAAUUAUUUCGGUUUAAUUCUAUUUAUUUUAUUUAUGUCUCAAAUUGUUUAUACUCAAAACGUGGUUAAGUAUUUUGUUGUUCUGUCCAUUUUAGCGUAGCGUUAUAUUUAAGUUAGUAGGAGCGUCCGAAUUAUAUCAGCGAGAGGGUAUCGAGGACUGUGAUAUGAGAAGGUGGUUUAGGUGGGAGCGAGGAGGUAUCGACUAAUUUUUUGUAAAAACGUUCAACAAUAGUAUUUACUUACUGAUAAAUUUUACUGUAGAAGUUGAUGCGAGCGCGAUUUUUUGUUGCGAACAUUUUAUAAUGUUGCAUGAAAAUUCAAUUGUAAAUUGCCAAAUAACUCCAAACCUUCACAAAAAGAGUUCGAAAAGUUUCUAUUAAAAUACUUAUAGUACUUGUAACACAUGAAUCGCAAAAAUCUUUGCUAUUCUCUUUUGUAUUUUACCUGUUUGUUUAACGUUGUAUAUAAUAAAGUAUUUUUCAGCUGUUCCAGGAUAGGCAAACGUUUUCUAAGUUUACAUGUUAUGUUUACAAUAAUAUUGUUACAUUCCACAAAUCUCUCUGAUAGUGGUUAAGUUGAUAUAAUUUUUGUGAAAAAUUCAUAUAAAUGAGAAAUAAAUGACUCGAUAAUUAA